CCAGGCACGCACUGAAAAAGUAGGUAGCCGCAACGAGGUUGUGGGAGUGUGGCCAGAAGGGAAGAAGAAAAGACCGGCGGAGGAGCUUGCAGCUACUAGCACGCUGUCGGGGGGAAAGCAAAGACAGCCAGAGACUGAGGGCCAGAACAGAAAAACUCCCUCCUGCUUGGCGCUGACGGCGGUUGAUGAGGGGGGGAGUGGUGGUAGUGUGCAACAGCCUUAGCAGCGUGCAAUAACGGGAAAGGGAAUCUGCAGGAGUUUUACCAGGGAGCUAACUAGCUCUAGGUGCUGGCACGAUGGUGGCCUCCGCUCUGUUCAUCAUGGACCUCAAGGGGAAGAUCAUCAUCUCGAGAAACUUCCGCGGAGACGUGCCGAUGACGGUUUCCGAAACUUUCAGCAACCAUAUCCAAGAGAGGGAGGAGAUGGAGCAGAAGCCUAUCUUCACGGUGGAGGGUGUGACUUUCGUGUACGUGCAGUACAACAACCUCAUUCUCAUGAGCGUCACCAAGAGGAACAGCAACGUCGCGCUCAUGCUGGUGUACUUGUACAAGCUGGUUGACGUCUUCAAGGACUACUUUGGGGAGCUUGAGGAGGAGUCUAUUCGAGACAACUUUGUCAUCAUCUACGAGCUCCUCGACGAGACCAUGGACUUCGGAUACCCACAAACCAUGGAGUCCAAGAUUCUCAGGGAAUACAUUACCCAGGCGAGCGAAGGGAACCGAUUGGAGGCGGCACCGCGGCCGCCUGUGGCCUUGACAAACGCCGUCUCCUGGCGAAGCGAGGGAAUCAAGCAUCGCAAGAAUGAGAUUUUCCUGGAUGUGGUGGAGAAGCUGAACCUGCUCGAGUCUUCCAACGGAACGGUGCUUCACUCGGAGAUCGUGGGUGCCGUCAAGAUGAAGUCUUUCUUGUCUGGCAUGCCGGAGCUGAAGCUGGGGCUCAACGACAAGCUGCUGUUCGAGUCUAGCGGCCGAUCUUCGGGGACGAAGAAGGCCGUUGAGCUAGAGGAUAUCAAGUUCCACCAGUGUGUGCGACUGGCUCGGUUCGAGAACGACCGUACGAUCUCCUUCAUACCCCCCGAUGGGGAGUUUGACCUGAUGACCUACAGACUCACCACGCACGUCAAGCCGCUAAUCUGGGUGGAGGCAGUCGUGGAGCCGCACUCGCACAGCAGGAUAGAGUACAUGAUCAAGGCCAAGAGCCAGUUCAAGUCGCGCUCUAUCGCCAACAACGUGGAGAUCAUCAUACCCGUACCGAACGACGUGGACUCGCCCACCUUCAAGGCCUCAAUCGGAAGCGUGGCCUACCUACCCGACCAGGACGCCGUGGUGUGGAGCAUCAAGCAGUUCAACGGCUCCCAGGAGUACCUAAUGCGAGCACACUUCGGAUUGCCUAGCAUUAGCGCGGAGGACGCCCGCGAGUGGAAGGCCCCUAUCCAGGUGAAGUUCGAGAUUCCGUACUUCACUGUGAGUGGUAUUCAGGUACGAUACCUCAAGAUCAUCGAGAAGAGCGGCUACCAGGCAUUGCCUUGGGUUAGGUAUAUCACCCAAAAUGGCGACUAUCAGCUGAGGAUGACGUAGAGGUGGUGGCGUAAAGAGAGGCAGCUGCCAACUGUUGUUGAAGGUUUACGGUUGCAAUGUCGAUCUACCGCACUCGUGGUAGUGGGAGUCCGGAUGAUCGGGUGAUUUUGGAUUAUUUUUUUCGUCAUGGGGAGCCGAGAGAGAGGGGAAGGGGGCACGACUUCCUUCUCGGUAGCGGGGAGCGGGGAGCGGGGGCGAGCUUCCCAGAAACACUUCGUUUGUAUCAUGAUAAUGCACACUUGCAACGUCUUUUUGUCCUUGACCAUGGAAGUCGUGGUCGAGAGGGCAAGCAAGGCCCGUUUUAUCGCUGCCGUAGAAGUUGUGCUGUCGAUCAUACCUGCAUCUUGCUUUGGGUUGCAUGGGAGGCAGCCGAGGAGGUUUUUCCGUUAGAGAAAAUGCUGAAACUCGAGAUAUUCGCAAGAUCCGCCGCGUGUAGGACCAGGGCGAGAAACAAAUGUGAUUGGGUUGGGGAGGUUUGCGCGUUGAGACGCUUGCCUGACAGCUAGGGCUGAAUCAACCUCUCCCGAUGGCCAAUCAGCGUGCGUGCCCCUGUUGUGGGAAUCUGCACUAGCCCACACAAGAGAACCAUACCAUCGUGAUGUCAUGCUGAGUGCCAUGUCUCGGUGAUUCCUAGAGGCCGACCUCGCGUCAGGCCAACAACAGUAGGCUACACAGGGGACAGAAACCUGUCGCAUUGUUUCUGAUUUCUAUUUCACCGCGAAAUGUUGCGCCCCCCAGAUCCAAAGGAAGAGGCCAACAUCUUUGACCUUGAGGUCACUCCUUGCACAUGACCGAUGUUGCGCUCAUGCGGUUGACGUGCGUGUGGAACGGGCUCGUGGAAACCCUGGUCAUCAACUCGUGUAGAGGUAGAAACACCGUGUCACAUGUCACGGGUAAGCUCCCAGGGGAGGUGCCCCAAUUUCUCCUGUGCUUGAACGUUCUGUCGAACAUUACCGCUCCCUCGUCGUGUCUCUCCACGCCGAG